GGGGCACGGAUUAGUUCGGCUGCAGCAGACAUUGUACGAGCGAAGGGGAGACCUUUCCACCGGCAGUGCGCGAGAACGCACGGACCCCUGGCAACACGGAGAGCUUAGCGCUUCCCUGCCCGUUAUACCGUACAGUAAGGAAUGGUGAGGGUAGUUGUAGCCAGAGAGACGCAGACGUGGACAGACCGAUCGGGAAUCACGAACCAUCCCCUCAGACAGCAGCUGGAGAGAUUGAACCAAACAACUUACGGUGCUUUCAAUAGGACCCUUCUCUCCAAUUAAGAACCUUCUACCUGCUCGACCUCCACCUGUGUUCUCCCAUUUGGUUGUGCUGCAGGCCUGUGCUAAGUGCACGUGCUGAGUUGGGAUUGUAACAACCUCAAUGGGCUGCAACACACUCUGAAACUCUGGAGGGAGAUCGUAGAAGCUGAAUGAGGUUCUUCUUGCUGUCCUGGAGGCUCGCUUUCAGAGGGAAAUGAUUCCGCAUGAAUUGCAUGGACCGCUCUCCCACAGCAGGCGUGACUUCCGUUGCUUACGACUGAAAUCUGUGUCCGUCCAACCCUAGGCACAGGACACAUCCCCUUCCACCACCACUCUCCUCUCAAUACCCUGACCCCAGUCUGACCGUGAGUCUGUCAGUGGGAGGGCACACUCUGUUAGCAAGACAAACAGAGACAAAGAGAGAGGAAAAUAGCAAAAGAGAUAAAGGGAGAAGAAACAUCCAGAAAGAGUGGUACAGGAUACAGAGACACAAUGAAGUCGAACCAGGAGCGGAGCAAUGAAUGCCUGCCCCCGAAAAAGCGUGAGAUCCCAGCAAGCACUCUGCCCUCAGAAGAGAGGCCCAUGGUUAUGGCGCCUGCCACUGAAAGCCAGCGUGCAGGGAACCUGACCUGGCUUGCCAGUGUGGCAAGUGGGCAUGAAAGAGGGCGGCAACACACCAGCACCUCCGCAGAAUCUGAUGGGCCUCAAUACAAACCGCUGUCUGCCCCAUUUGAGAGUGCAACUCCAUCAUCCAUGCACUCAACCAGAGCUCCAACUGCAGUGACCACCCUACCUGCAGUGUACACCUCACCCCUCUCUCAGCCCGCUGGCACCAUCCAGUACACAUCCUUGUCCCCCAAUGUACACUUCAUCAGCUCUCCAUACCCUGCACCAUACGCUGGCUACAUAUCUCAGCUAGUACCCCCUUCUACUGCAUCCACCACACAGCGUGAGGCUUAUGCCAGUUCCUCCAGUUCCCCAGCAUCUAAAAUUGACCAGCACUAUCAGUUGGGCCGUCCACCAGGCCUGGUCACAUCGAACAGCACCUCUUUGCCCCACUCCACCCAGUACGUCCAAAUCGCCAGUUCUCCUCUAAGCACAUCGCCUCGGACUGCACAAUCACCCCAUGCUCACUUGCCCCUGCACUUACCCCCUCACCACACGCUGCCCAUCAGUGGCGCCUCGCAGGUCCUAGUUCAGUACCCAGAUGGACUUUUCCCCAAGAGGGAGGAGACCAGGCCCAGGGAGGUUUUGAAUGGAGAGCUGGAGAAGGACAGGCGCUUUGGUCCACCUCCAGUGUCUAGUGCAGGUAAACAAGGUAGCACUGCCAAAGGGGCCUCCUCCUCUCAGCAGUACCAUAUCCACCAGCAGCAGAGCCCACAUCACUAUGAGGCUCGGCAUGUGGUUCUCCCUGGCGAAUAUACACAGGACUGCACGGCCAUGCGGUCCUCAUUGGUGCUGUUACCCAACAGUCAUAGCUCCAGUGGUGUUGAUCCUAGAGGUACACCAGACAAGCUGCCUCCCCCAACUUCCCACACUGAAAAAGGAGGGAUUUGUGCAGGCAAACCUAUGUCCCGCACUACCUCCACCUCUGCAUCCCAUCCUUUUCCUCCUCCACCUGUGGACAAUCUAAAGGGGACAGUUACCACAUUGUCACCCCAUGCAGUCAUCCAGACUAUGCACAACACCACAGAGUCUCUCUCAUUAGGCCUCCCCUCUGCCAACUUCUACACCACCCAAACACCCAUCAUUGGUUACAUUGCUGACACAGGUCACCAGCAAACUCUCAGCUACCACACCAGCCUACCCCAACACCUGGUCAUCCCUGGUACUCAGUCUGUCAUUAUCCCAGUGACUGGAACAGAAGCUACUGCUACAUCGGCCACACCACCCUUGCCUGGGGCACUGCCCCAUGCAUUUGUCACCUCAACGGCCCCCAAAGUGGAAAAUUUUGAGACUCCUGCCCCAUACUCUGUGGUUCAAGCCCAGCUGCACCUGCCUAUGAUUCCAGCCCCUGCCGGCCUGCUGACAACUCCACCUCUACCCUCUGCCCCCUCGUUACCCCCUUACUUCACCAAGGGCUCCAUCAUCCAGCUUGCAGAUGGGGAGCUGAAACGGGUGGAGGACCUGAAGACAGAGGAUUUUAUUCAGAGCGCUGAGAUUAGCAAUGAGCUGAAGAUUGACUCCAGCACUGUUGAGCGCAUUGACAGCAAUCAUGCAUCUAACUUUGCCAUUAUACAGUUUGCUGUGGGAGAACAUCAUUCACAGGUCAGCGUGGAGGUGCUAGUAGAGUAUCCGUUCUUUGUGUUCGGUCAGGGCUGGUCAUCCUGCUGUCCAGAGCGGACAACCCAGUUGCUAGAGUUGCCAUGCACAAAGCUUUCGGUAGGCGAUGUCUGCAUCUCCCUCACCCUGAAGAACCUGAGGAACGGCUCCAUCAAGAAGAGCCAGGGGCAAGUAUUGGAUGCACCAACCCUUGGUCCACCCCUUAAGCCUCCCAAAGCACUCUUGCAUGGGGCACGGGGGGGUGUUCGGCACACAGAACAGGAGAACGGACUUGGGCAGUAUUCAGAUCAAGGAGGCGGAGGCAAUCAGGGCAAUAAAGAGAAUGGAGAACUGAAGUUUGGGGAGAGGGACAUCUGCAAAGCCCCACCACCCUCUGAAUCAGAGUCCAUCAGCAAACCCACAGGCCGCAAAAGGAGGUGGUCAGCCCCUGAGGGCCGCAAAGUAGAAAAUCCAGAAGGAGAGCCUCCUUUAAUAUUUCCUAAGCCCUCUUUCAUCCCUCAGGAGGUUAAAAUUAGUAUCGAAGGCAGAUCAAAUAUUAGCAAGUGAACGCCCACUGGACUGUCAGCUUUAGCAAAAUUCAAAAUAAAUUUGCCCUUAGAAUGUUUUAUUAUUAUUAUUUUAUUUUAUUUUUUGAUUAGAGAUUUUGUUUUCUAUCCAGAUUAUUGGACCUUAUGUCUAAAUUUACUCAGUUAUGUACAUUAUGACUUCACAUGUUGUAAUAACAAUGUAAUGGAUUUAAUUUUACACAGGCAAUUGGUGCAAAUCAUUUGAUUGGUCAAAAUCUGGGUUGAUGUAGUGCAAGGUAAGAAGGUUGUGGGACACCUUAGCACUGCACAAUAUUUUUUUAAGGCUUUAUACAGUCGAUCAUAACUAACAAGGCUAAGACUUCUCUCUAGUCUCUUACCUAUGACAUUGUUUGGCCCGGACAAACCUAGUCCAGUUACACCUAGUGGAAAUUAAAAUAUUUUCAGAGUAAGCUUGACAUUACUCAUGGUGGCAGAACGGAAAUCACUCCUUCACUGGAUGCAGGAGUUUACAUGAUGUCAGCCAUCCUGUUUAGGCAAUCUAAUAUUUAACUGUGACUUUAGAAGACUAUCAGAAUCACAAACAAUGUUGAGCGAUGCCAUCAAUGCAGUUAGAUCAGCAUAGCUUGUUUUAAACUUCAUUUAAUUUCAAGAAGAGGUUUCCAAAUAUUAUGGUACAUGCCAAUAGGGAUGAUGUCAUCAAGCAGUGCCAGUUGCUCCUUAGGAAGAUCUUAAAAAACUCAUCUUAAACAGGGAAGAUGUAUGAUGAUGUGUCUAUUUUUAUAUAUCCAACUGUCUAACCUUUUAUUUGACUAUUUUUGUAGUUUUGCAUGUUUUAAUUUUCCAUCUCACUUUUCAAACCCUCCUAUCAUACCUGAUGGGUAGAUCUUUGUUCUUUUUUUUUUUUUCUGUUAUGAUUGGGUAAACCUUGCAAUCAGGGGUAAUUUUUUACAUAGACACAGGAUGCGUCCUUGUCUGUGUAUGUAUGCAUGUAUGUGUCUUGAUGCAUACAAACACAAAGGGUUGACUUCAGGUGAGGAAAUUGACCAGUCCCUUAACUUUAGUGUUCGAUCUCACCGUUUUAAAAAAAAAUUUUUUAAUAAUUAUUAUUAUUUAUUUUUUUCCUUUUCUCCCCAAUUUGGAAUGGCCAAUUCCCAGUGCGCUCUAAUCCUCGUGGUGGCGUAGUAACUUGCCUCAAUCUGGGUGGUGGAGGACGAAUCUCAGUUGCCUCCGUGUCUGAGACCGUCAAACCGCGCAUCUUAUCACCUGGCUUGUUGAGCACAUUACCGCGGGACAUAGCGUGUGUGGAGGCUUCACGCUAAUCUCCGCGGCAUCCACGCACAACUCACCAUGCACCCCACCAAAAGCGAGAACCAUUUUAUAGAGACCACGAGGAGGUUUCCCCAUGUGACUCAACCCUCCCUUGCAAAGAGAGAGUGCACGUUGUCUGAGAAGACAAACAAGUCAUUAUUCAGAAGCACUUAACACACCUGUCACGCUCACUAGCUGAUAUUUGUUUCAAUCAACUGAGUCAAAUUAUUAUGAUGAUAAUGAUUAUUGUAAUAUUAAUUACUAAUAUUAUUAUUAUUUUUGCUACUACUAUUGUCUGUUGAUCUCUCAACAUGAACACAGUACUGUAUGCUGUAUACCCUGCUGAAAAAACAGCUUAAACCUGCCUAAGCUGGUCAUGGUUUUAGAGGGCUUUUGAGCACUUUUUAGCUCAGCAAGGCUGGAAGACCAGCUAAGACCAGCAAAUCAGUUUAUGCAGGUUUAAGAUGUUUUUUGGCAGGGUAAUUAAUUGGAUGUUGUGUUGCACUCUUUGUGUCUUCUGUUGUGUGGGAAGAUGCUAGCUCACAAAGGUCACAGGUGAUAAAAAGAGAUAAAAAAAGGAGAUUUUGUCCAUGAGAGGGCUGCUUUAAAUGAAGCACUUUUCCCAUUUAUCUUGUUGGAUCAACCUAAUGCCUUGAGUAAAGACUGGCACAAAGAGGGCGGGGCCUGUGAAACAGCUGCCAUUUGAAUAAUUUUAAGCAAAAAGAGAUGAAUGAAAGUGUAAAUGCGGUGGAAAAAAGUACAGAGAUUGUUCAAAUAUGUAUAUAGAUAUGUAUAAGAGAGAUAUGAGAGUGAGAACGUAAAAGUGUAAGUGAGAAGCUCUGACUACAGAAAUCUACGAGGGUUUUAAGGGUGUCACAUACAUACAGUAUGUUUGUUAGCAAUGUAUGUGGGCGCUUAUGCAUGCAAGUUUGAUUGUAUGCAUUAACAUGCACUUGCAUAUAUACAUACACGUACAUGGUUACGGUAAUGUUCAAUCAUGUUGAAAUAUGUAAUGUAUUUUUUUGUACAUUAACAUGUAUAGAACUGCAUAUGCUAUAUCUAUCUUACUGGAUGAGAACGCAAGGCUACAUGAGCACGUUUUUAGUCCCGUCCCCCAAGACACUGACUCAUCGAACGUAUGUGAAAACCAUCAUGUAGUAAUUUCAGUGAUUUGUUGUAUAAGUAUUUGUGUAUGUUAGAGAAAGAGCAUGUGUGAGUGUAUGCGCCUGUUUUUGUGUGUGUGUUUGUGUGUGUAUGUAUAAUACCACACAUAUUAUAAAUAGAUAUUUAAGUUCUACUUAAAAGAAUAUUGCAAUUUGCACAUCUGGAGAGAUAGUAACAUGGUUUUUAUUUUGUUUUCAGUCAGCACAGGACAGGGCUGAAAAACAGAUUUUUCUGAAAUGUAGCAGUUUCUUGACAAGUUCGCCUGGCUGACAGGUCUGAUGGCUAUGGCCCUCAACUCUUUCAAUAAAAAAACCAGGAAGCCCCCUUUUAAGCUCCCACAAGGGGUUUGAAUCCCACACUAAAACAUGAACAAGAAAUUGUCCGUUGUUUGUUUUGUAGGGGUGUAAGGUGUCAUCCCUGCUGCAAAAACCAGCUUAGACCAGCAUAAAUUUCCAUUUCAGGCUGGCUUAUGCUGGUUUGGUGCUGGUCUAGUUGGUGGACCCGCAUAGCCAUGAUGUACCCCAGUAAACCAGCAUCCCAUUCUGGAGACCAGCAUCCAAAAACAAUGGACAUUGGUGACCUGUAGCCUGCACGCUUGUUGAGUCCUUUGGUUGGUCACGCUCAACUUAGCUUGAGUGGGUGAAGAUCUGGCAGGAAGAUGGUGGAAAUAGAUAGUGGUAGUUAAUAAAGAAGGGAUGAAUGGAUGGAUGGGUAAACAGAUAUAAUGAGUGGUGGUGGGUGGGUGGGUAAGUGCACCCCAUAUACAAUUUGAAAAUGCUUUAUUUUUUAUAAUAAAACAGGGUUUGUCAGAUCAACACCACAACCGUGCUUUAUUUUCUUUUUUCCAUUUGACAUGGCAUCUGUUCCCUUGAUGCCUGUGGGUGCAAUUCUGCAUCCUACUUGGAUUGUAUAUAUGUAUGUUUGUUUGUAUCUGCUUCAACCAGUCAAACUUGAUAUUUUUGUUUAAUACUUUUGGGCCAAAAGGUAGAAAUAAGAUGUGAUAUUGUUUGUCUAUUGAUGUGCAUGCAGUGAACCACCCCAAGAACAUGACCAUCAAUGAAAAACCAGUCUUGCAUUAAUUUUGUCAUCUUUUGCUAUGCCAUUCACCUCUAUUUUCCUUCUCCUCUUGUAAUUUUCAGUGUUUUAGAUGUCACUCAUACAGUAGAAGUGUAUCACUUCAAUCAUUUUACUAUCUGCCUCCUGGUUGUACAGUGCGUUUCCAUGUACACACGAGAAGCAUUCCGAACAAUGGCACGUAGCAAUAACCCUUAGUCUUCAGUGCUGAAAGACAGUGCCAAAAAGACAGAACCAGACUUCAAUGCAAGAGCUUAGUCAUUGACCUUCUGUUAACCUCAGCAACCUGUUUUAUUUGCGGAUUGCACUGCAGGCCCUCGGAACUUCAGGGAGAAAUGUAAAUGAAUAUGCAGUGACAGAGUCUGUCCCCUCCUAGCCAUCUUAACCCCUAGUUGAAUAGUGACCUCCAGAUCCUCUUCAGGUGCCCAUACAGAACCAGUAUGCCUCUCACAGAGUAUGUUUGCCCUGCUGCAACCGUUAGCUACCUUCUGUUGCCUGGCAUGUACGUGCAACUGCGUUCACUUUCGCCCCACCCAGCACAUCUGCUCGGUCUGAUCUCUUUCUCUGUCUGUCGCUGUCUCAUCAUAGCCAUAGAACCCUGACAGUAUUUGUGACAGAGUUUCCUGUUGCCUAGCCCUAGCUUGUCGAAAUUGUGUUUUAAGAGAAAACGGUGACUGUAGCCUCACUCACUUAUGUGUAAUACUCACCCAGAGUACCUAUUAAGUCUGCAAUAUAUUCAUUUACUCGGAUCACAAAAGGAGCAAGUUGGUAUGGGUAUGUUCUGUUCUCCAUGUUGGAUAGUAAUGGACUACAUGUAAUCUGGAAUAAAGUACUUGUUAUUUGAUUAAAUUACAUGUGUAAAUGUGCAUAAUUAGAUAACAGUUACUUUUAUGGAUUACAUGAUUACAAAUUGAUUAAAUGAAUGAUCAGUCUUGACUUUCAAACAGUGUAAAUUGCUUAAAGGAAUGAUCCGGGUUCAAUACAAGUUAAGCUCAAUUGACAGCAUUUGUGGCAUAAUGUUGAUUACCACAAAUAAAAUAUUUCAACCCGUCUCUCAUUUAUUUAAAAAAGAGCAACAAUCGCGGGGUACAGUUAGGCACUUACAAUGGAAGUGAAUGAGCCAAGUAUAUAAAUGUUUAAAUACACAUUGUUUAAAAAGUAUAGCCUCAAGACGUAACCAUUAUUUGUGUCAACAUGAUUUUAGUGUGAUAAAAUCACUUAAUUGUGUUAAAAAGUUAAAAUACAAUAUUCCACCUUUUUUUUUGACAUAACGUUGGUAAACUCCGUAAGUGAUUUUAUCACAAUAAAAUCAUGUUGAACAGAGAUUUUUUCACACUAAAAUCAUGUUAUGUAUAAUGUUUAUGUUCUGUGGCUAUACUUUUGAAACGGUGUGUUUUAAUGUUCAUGGACUGGCAGCAUUCAUUUCCAUGGCCUUACUGUAAUCACAACUCUUUUUUUUUUUUUUUUAUUUUUUUUUAUUGAGGGACGAGCUGAAAUUAUUUUCUGUGGUAAUCAACAUUAUGCCACAAAUGCUGUUGAUUGAGCUUAACUUGUAUCGAAUCUGGAGCAUUCCUUUAAUACCACUUUAGAUUCUCAUUAAAACAUGCAUUUAGUAAUUCAUAAGUAAUCAGAUUGCCUAAAACACUAAAUCUAAAAGAUUAAGUAAUUUUUACUUGUGUAAUCAGUGCCAGAUUACAUUAAAGAAGUAAUCUAACCUAACAUUGUCUGUACUAUCGUAAUGUCAGGUGUUAUCUGUUUGAAUCUGGACUAUUUUCCAUUUAAAGAAGUUUUGCCACUCAUCUGAGUGAUUUUGUUGAUGAUACAUCAUUGAUUAUGCAACGUCUUAAAAUAUUGAGAUAUGAAGACUAAUUGCGAAUGUCGGUGAAAGAUUGAAAGAUGUCGGUAACACUUUACAAUAAGGUUCCAUUCGUUAACAUUAGUUAAUGCAUUAGGUAUCAUGAACUAACAAAUGCACAUAUUGUUUUACAGCAUUUAUUAAUCUUUAUUUUUUUUAAUAAAAAUACAAUUGUUUAUUGUUAGUUCAUGUUUGUUCAUAGUGCAUUUACUAAUGUUAACAUAUUCAACUUUUGAUUUUAAAAGUGUAUUACUAUAUGUUGAAAUUAAAAUUAAUCAAGAAUGAUAAAUGCUGUUAAAGUAAUUUUCUUUGUUAGUUCAUGUUAAUUAAUGUAGUUAAUAAAUGGUACCUUACUGUAAAAGUGAUACCAAUAUGUCUGACAUUGUGUGACCUGAAUGAAUGAAUGAAUCAGAUGUUCUGUUCCUUCAAGUUUGAUGGUCAUCACAAAGAGAAUAAAAGAUGUACAAGGUACCUGGCGGUUUAUUGUACUAAUGUAUCUAUCUCAUAUAAAACUACAGUAAAACUCCAUUAAUGACUAAACUAAAAAAAAUUAUAAUUGUAUUCUUAGUCUAAAAGUCCGUGGGUUUUAUGUUUUUGUUUUUCACUACGUUAUUAGUGAGUAAAUGGGGCGAGUGUUGUAUUUUCACAUUGUAGUGAACCCCUGAUCUAUAAUUUUUGUUCAUUUCUGCUUUUUUUUUUUUUUUCCAAGUAUAUUUCAUUUUCUUUGGCAGAGGGGUGAGUGUCGUCUCUAAAAUCAUUUGCAUUUCUGUUAAAGGUCAAAACAUUUUCCUUGGACUUACUCAGGGAUGGGAAAUAAUUGUGAAUGUGUGUGUACUGAUUGGGGUAAAUACCCUUGAAAGGUUUAAGUACAUGUAAAUAUAUAUGUGUGUGUUGCAGUCAUUUCAUUGGCCCUGUGCUUUGGUUUCCCCACACUGUCUCUACACUAUAUGAGGCCUUCCUAAAACACUCUAUGUGUCUCUGUGUAAACCGUCUGUAUCGGUCUGUUUGUCUGCAUCACAAGCUGUCUGUUCAUCUGCCUGUUCUCCCUCUGACAUCACAAGCCCAGAUUCUCACCCAUGCAAGAAAAAGACUGACAUAUUUAUCAUCAACCUCAUCAAAGUGGGGACCACUUUUAUAGAAACAAACGAAAAACUAAAUGCACAUGUUUGUCAUUUAUAGAAUAGAUAGACUUGAUUAUACUGUUUCAGCACUUUCUAAUCCCAAGGAAGAUUUAGAGUUGAGGAAUUAAGGUGUCAUCAUACUUUUUCCCCUCUGUCUCUACUCGUUCCUGGGUCCAACGGGUUUUGACAAAGAGGGUUGAGAAUUGAAAUUAAGUUUGGAUGGUCCUCAAUGAACCUGAGACGAUGUUGACGUUGAACCUGAGAUGUUUUGAUUUGCUUGGUUUUUAUUUUCAUGUAGGAUCUAUAUUUGACCUUGCUUCAUGUAUUAGGACUUUGUACUUUUGCUUUGGUCUCCUCUGUAGCACUAUUCUAUCGUUGUAGGAGACAAGAGAAGUGUUUUAAUGAAUAUUUUUAAGAGUUGGAGUGGCUCUGUGACAGCUCUCUCAUAAGAGGAGCACCACUGACAGUGUCGUUUUUUUCUGGCAUAAAUGACAAAAAAGAAGAAUAUUUCUGCGAGUUUCAGUUGUUUGAAAAAUACAUCAAAGUUUCUUUCCUUUUUUGUGGCUCUUGUUUAAAAAAAUCCUUUUAUUUUUUGUGUUAUUUUGCUGCCUUUUUCUUUUCUUUUUGUCUUUUAUUAGUUGAAAAUCAGUCAGGUGUCAAUCAAGCCUCUGUUCAACUUGACUGUUGUUUGACAUCUUGUCAAUUGUCCAAACCGCUGGAUUUUAAACCUCAGGCUGAGAAACUUCAACAGGCCUACAUUAAGACUUAGUUUAACCCUAAAUGAUGUAUGGGCUGCUUGAUAUGGGUAUUGUAAUUAGUCUUAUUAUAAUUAUAAAUAUUGUUAAUUUUAUAGUUACUUUGACAAUUCAGCUAUAUCAGUGCUGGAUAGUUAAACAGUGUACACUCCUUAGGAAAGGAGGCAUGCCCAGCCCUGGUCUUGUAGUUUUGUUGAGCUGGUAAACUGACAAACACUUCCUCAGAGUGAGGUACAUUCUGUGUUCCUUCACCUUAACCCAACCCUGCCUCACCUGGCCAGCCCUAAAGCAGCCUGUCUGACCGGAAUACAGGAAAAAAGACUAAUAAAAAACCUUUCUCUGUUGAAUAUUGAGUGAUAUUUGUCGCUGUUGGGUCGCACUGGACACUCAGCCCUGGUUAACCACUGAGAACUAAAUGCCAGGGACUUAACUGACCAUCACGGGCUGGAAACCAACUUGUGUACAGAUGCUGUUCGUCUCACAUACCCGAUGUCACCCUUACACAUAUCAAUCAACAACCUCUUAAUGUGUGUAUUUAUCCUUUAGAAUUUGUACAACCACACUCUCGAGAUAAACUUAAACAUAUCGUCAAGGUCAUUUUUGUAAUUUUGAAAUUGUUGCCAAUGAAUGCUUAAUAAGAUGUCUCUGUAAAACUGUACUUAGAAAUGACCUUUUCAAUUUAACAUCAGUCAUUUCCAAGAAUGUUUUGUGUUAAAUUCUGAAAGGAGGGUGUAGGCAACAGUUUUAAAGCUGAGGCCAGAUACACAACAUUUAGGAGCUCCGCCUAGUGAGACAGAAGUGAAAUAACGCAAUUUGUCAGGUGAACGGAGAAAGAUAUAGCUGCAGGUAGAGCUUCUAAAAAGGGUCACAAGCUCCAAACCACCAUUAAAGAAAUAGGGAGCCCAUUACCUAACCCUUUCCCUAACCUUAACCAUAAGUGAAAGUGACACCCCUUCUGAAGUAAUCCCACCCUCUUUGGAGAUCCCGCCCACAUUUGGAGUUCUCCGGCCUGCAGCUAUACCUACAUGGGUGAACGGCUAAAAUGUGGUGUUCGGUAAUUAUGUGCAUGCAUGUCCAACCACCUCUCCUUUUUCUCCUGUUUGUUUCCCUUUAUUCUUUUGAGAUUGCAAUGUUAAUAAGAUUGUGUUUUGUGAUACACAGGAAGCCAUUGGUCAUUCAUUCCUCAGAAAGGAGUGUGUUCUAGCAGGAAUCCCAGGUGUUGCAGGUCUUUUCAUAAAGAGAUUUGAAGUCUUCCACUGGAAGAGAAAUUGAAGAAAUUGUUUCUAGUUUCUUUUUUCACUUGCCAUUGGGCAAAAAGAUCCACAACAAUAGAACCACUGGAUUGGAUUUAAACUACUCAGUAGCGGUUCUAGCUUGUAUGGCGCCCUGGGCGAAACCCACUUCAGAGAUUUGGGAGAGGAAGUAGUGUUUUGCACCUUACUUAGUAAAGAAUAUAUAUAUAUAUAUAUAUAUAUAUUAAUUAAAGAAAAGAAAAUUUAAAGCCCUAGGUAGGAAAUAAUAUUUUUUUUCUUUCGCUCUCAUUUUGGUUAAUUUUAUUUCCAUAUGCGUGCAUAUUCUGUAAGUUGUGUAAAAUAUUGUACUUGCACUAGCUUUUUUAAAAAGAAAACUAAUAUAAAAAAUUUAAUUGAAAUUCUAUUUUCUAAUUAUGGUGUGUCUAUUUGUAGGAUACACUCAUGUUGUUUCUUGGAUUUUUUUGGUCCCUUUCUUUGAUGGUGCUUGCCGGUUUUCUAGUUAGAACGUAUUUCAUUAUACUGAACAAAACAAUAUUUGAUUCAGGUUGUGAACAAAUUUGUUUAAAAAUGAAAUUUUCUGUAUACCAGUACAAGUUUAUUGUUGCAGUAUACACGUACUAAUAAAAAUUACAGUGCCAA